AUGGGGAAUCUCCUCAUCAUUGCUGUAACCACCCUUGACCGGUACUUGCACAUCCCCAUGUACCUCUUCGUCAAGAACCUGCCCAUCCUUGACCUCGGCUACAUCUCCAUCACAGUCCCCAAACCCAUCUUCAAUUCACUCACAAAUAUCAACUCCAUCUCUCUACUGGGCUGCGCUGCCCAGGUAUUCUCCGUCUUUUUAUUCGGUAGAUCAGAGUUGGCCCUGUUCAUGGUGAUGUUCCAUGACUGCUAUGUCACCAUCUGCCGCCUUCUGCACUAUGAGAUAAUCAUGCCCCAUGGGGCCUGUGUACGCAUGUUGGCUGCCUCUUCGUUCAGAAACUGUUUGAAUGCCAUCAUGUACACAGCCAACACCUUCUCUCUAUCCUUCUGUGGUCCCAACACUGUCCACCAGUUCUACUGCGAUGAAGAUGUGAGUUUAGCCAUCAGUAUCUGCUUAAGUUUCCUCUGCUUCGUGCUCAUCGUGGGUUCCUACGUCCGCAUCUUAUCAGCUGUGCCGAGGAUGCCAUCGGCGGAGGGCCACUACAAAGCCUUUUCCACCUGUCUGCCCCACCUGGUCGUUAUCACUCUGUUCAUCACCUCCCACUUCUGGAACUUUGCUGUGGACAAGGCUGUGCCAGCCACAGAAUAG